ACCCCACUAAACAGAGCACUCACCAAGUAAGAAACCAAACACGUUCACAUACAAAACCUCAUAAAAUGGUGAACCUUCUACCUUUCAUCGGCCACCAGGGUUCUCCAGGCCAGCAAGGGAUGAGCCAAAUCGGCCUGGGCAUGGCAAUCGCGGCCUCCAUGGUGGUCCUAACCAUGUUCCAACAAUUCCUCUUCAACAGCUUCGGCGGCUACCUCGAACGGUGCCUUCGAAAACUGGUCAGCUCAGUGGACCCUUACGUCCAAAUCAGGUUCAGCGAGGACUCGACGGACAGCGGCGGGCCCAAGAACUACGAGGCCUACGCCGCCAUCGAGACCUACCUGAGUUCUAAAUGCUCGGCCCAGGCGCCGCGGCUGAAGGCCAACUCGGUAAGAGAUAUCAACGCUCCCGUGCUGUGUGUGGACGACGGCGAGGGGGUUUCCGAUGAGUUUGAUGGGGUUACGGUUUGGUGGCAUCUGGAGAAGGAGAAAGAUCAGGGUGAUGUUUACCGCGGCUCGAGGAAUAACAGGUACUAUGCCCUCACUUUUCGGAAAAGGAACCGGAAAAUGGUGGUGGGGGAAUACCUGAGGCAUGUGAUGGAAGAGGGUAAGGCGGUGGCGGCGAGCAAUCGACAGCUGAAGCUCUACUCCAACAGUUCGAGCGAGCACGGAGCCUACUGGGAUUACAUAAUGGAUUUUGAUCAUCCAGCCAACUUCGAGACUCUUGCUGUGGAGAAAGAGAAGAAGGAAGACAUUAUCGAUGAUCUGAUCAGGUUUUCUACGGGGAGCGAUUACUAUAGGAGGAUCGGAAAGCCGUGGAAGAGAGGGUACCUCCUUUACGGCCCUCCAGGCACCGGUAAAUCCACAAUGAUCGCGGCAAUUGCGAAUUUGCUAAGCUACGAUGUCUACGACCUUGAAUUAACAGCAGUUCGAAGCAAUGCAGCCUUAAAACGCCUGUUGAACAGAAUCCCCUGCAAUUCAAUGCUCGUGAUUGAAGACAUUGAUUGCUCGAGCAAUAUCACGAACCAAAGGGAGAAGAAUGACAAGGACGACGGAAAAACAGUCAAAAAUAUACUAGAAAAGGUGACGUUAUCCGGACUGUUGAAUUGCCUCGACGGACUUUUCUCGGCGAAUGAGGGCGGGAGGCUAAUGGUUUUCACAACGAACAACGUGGAGGCGCUCGAUUCGGCGCUGCUUCGGAGGGGGAGAAUGGACAAGCAUGUCGAGAUGCCGUAUUGUGGAUUCGAGGCGUUUAGGAUCUUGGCAAAGAAUUAUUUGGGGAUUGAGGAUCAUGAGUUGUUUGGGAAAAUCGAAGGGUUGUUGAAUGAGAGUAGCAUCACUCCGGCAGACGUAGCCGAGAGUUUGAUUGCGAGGAGGGGGAAAGGGGAAGAUUGCGGCGAGGAGUGCUUGAAGAAACUGAUCGAAGCGUUGGAGAAGAAAGGGGAGGGAGAAAACGGGCGGAUGUAAGCGAUUUGAGUUUAGGCGCGCAAGUUGGUCGGACAAUAGGUUGUAAAAAAUGAUUUGGGUUCAGUUUGGAAAUAGGAUUGACAGGAAUACGUACUACUCUCUCUGUCCCAAAAUGAUUGUCCGGUCCGCAAAACGGAGUGUAAAAAAUAAUAUAAUUUUUGCAAGAAAAAAUAAAAAAAAUUUCAACAACUUACUAGAUAUCAAUGAGUAUUUUUAAUUUAUGAAAAAAGUUUGAAUUUUUACUUGAAAAAAUUGCAUUAUUUUUAAGUUAUCGUUUUACGGACCGGACAAACAAUUUGGGACGGAGGAAGUAUUAGUUUAGUAUUUUUUAGUAUUUUGUUACAAAAUGAUUUCUUUUAUCUCUUGUAAAAAAAAAUAUUUUAGUAUUUGUUUGUACUAAUUAAAGAUCUGUUUCAA